AUGGAGUCUCUGGCCGAUUACGUGUACAAGGCAGCCAGCGAGGGUCGAGUCCUGACCCUGGCCGCGCUGCUGCUCAACCACUCCGAGGCGGAGACCCGCUUCCUGCUCGGCUACGUGACCCAGGUGUCCGGGCAGAGAUCCACCCCCCUCAUCAUCGCGGCCCGGAACGGACACGACAAGGUGGUCCGGCUGCUCCUGGACCACUACCGGGUGGACACGGAACAGACCGGCACGGUUCGGUUCGACGGCUACGUCAUCGAUGGAGCCACCGCUCUGUGGUGUGCGUCUGGCGCCGGACACUUCGAUGUGGUGCGCUUGCUGGUGACUCACCAGGCUAACGUCAACCACACCACCAUCACUAACUCCACCCCGCUGAGGGCCGCCUGCUUCGAUGGCCGCCUGGACAUCGUCCGCUACCUGGUGGAGCACACUGCGGACAUCAGCAUCACUAACAAGUACAACAACACCUGCCUGAUGAUCGCCUCCUACAAAGGACACGCGGACGUAGUCAACUUCCUGCUGGAGCAGGGGGCCAACCCCAACGCCAAGGCGCACUGCGGCGCCACCGCCCUGCACUUCGCAGCGGAGGCGGGACACUUGGACAUCGUGAAGGAGCUGGUUCGAUGCCAGGCGGCCAUGGUGGUGAACGGACAUGGCAUGACGCCGCUGAAGGUCGCUGCAGAAAGCUGCAAAGCCGAUGUGGUGGAGCUGCUGCUGGCGCACGCCGACUGUGACCCCCGCAGCCGCAUCGAGGCCCUGGAGCUGCUGGGCGCCUCCUUCGCCAACGACAGGGAGAACUACGACAUCCAGAAGACGUACCACUACCUGCACGCGGCCAUGACGCGGCGGUACCACAACCCAGAAGACAUCAUCGCCAAAGAGCUGCUGCCGCCCAUCGAGGCCUACGGGGGGCGGAGCGAGUGCCAGACGCCACGAGACCUGGAGACCAUCCGGGCGGACCGGGACGCCCUGCACAUGGAGGGGCUGAUGAUCCGGGAGCGAAUCCUGGGAUCGGACAACAUUGACGUGUCCCACCCGAUCAUCUACCGCGGCGCUGUGUACGCCGACAACAUGGAGUUCGACCAGUGCAUCAAACUGUGGCUUCACGCGCUGCGCCUGCGGCAGAAAGGAAACCGCAACACGCACAAGGACCUGCUGCGCUUCGCCCAGGUCUUCUCCCAGAUGGUGCACCUGAAGGAGCAGGUGUCGGCCUCGGGGGUGGAGCAGGUGCUGAGCUGCAGCGUGUUGGAGAUCCAGCGCAGCAUGACCCGAGUGGAGGCGGCGGCCGAGUCGGAGCUGCCUCAGGCCCUGGACAACUACGAGUCCAAUGUCUUCACCUUCCUGUACCUGGCGUGCAUCUCCACCAAGACCAGCUGCAGCGAGGAGGAGCGCGCCCUCGUCAACAAGCACAUCUACAACCUGAUCCAGCUGGACCCGCGCUCCAGGGAGGGCUCCUCGCUGCUGCACCUCGCCAUCAGCUCCACCACGCCCGUGGACGACUUCCACACCAACGACGUCUGCAGCUUCCCCAACGCCCAGGUCACCAAGCUGCUGCUGGACUGCGGCGCGCCGGUCAACGCCAUCGACCACGAGGGCAACACCCCGCUCCAUGUCAUCGUCCAGUACAACCGGCCAAUCAGCGACUUCCUCACGCUUCACGCCAUCAUCAUCAACCUGGUGGAGGCGGGCGCGCACACAGACAUGACCAACAAGCAGAAGAAGACGCCGCUGGACAAGAGCACCACGGGCGUCUCGGAGAUCCUGCUGAAGACGCAGAUGAAGAUGAGCCUGAAGUGCCUGGCGGCGCGCGCCGUGCGGCAGCACCACAUCACGUACCGCAACCAGAUCCCCAAGACGCUGGAGGAGUUCGUGGAGUUCCACUGAACCCAGCAGACGCUCUGUGCUUUUUAAAGAGUUUAUAAUUUUCUAACGAAUCCAAACGGUGCUGAGGACGAUGGCUCAGUGCCAAACGUUUUUGAGCAUUUUUAUAAAUUAAAAAAAAGUAGUUUUUUCUAUUUUAAGUAUUAAUUGCUAAAUACCAGCAGCCACAGUUUGUCCUGCCUGCGGCUCGGCGGCGCUCUGAAGGAUCAGACCUGAGGCGGGGGGGCGGGGGGGGGGGGCAGCGCCACGCUGGUUUUGCCUUAUUUCCGUGGCGACGCUGACUCUGAAGUGUGUCGGGACACGAUGAGACGUAAUGAAUGAGAGACGAGGACCUCAGCUGCUUCCUGUCGCCUGAUUGAUUUUAAUAUGAAGAGUUUUGUCACGUGGAUUAAACUGAUCAGGUUUUUACUUCGUCAUAUUUUAAACGGUUGUUUUAAAGGGUUUGGGAACAUUUGUGGGUGAACAUAUCUGUCUCUCUUGGUUUGUUUAAAUUAUCUAUGUGGCCUAAAGUAUGUGUACACCCCCCCCCCCCCCAGGCUCAGGGUGUCUGGAUUCAAAUCAUCUGCAAAUAUCUGACGUGUUGUUAAUCAUCAUGUGACCUGUUGGACCAGUUUAAACUGGUUCUGUUCUCCAAGCGAGUGAAAGCUUCUGUCCAGUGACUUCAAGGUUAAAUCUCUGUGGUUUGAAGAAACUGGAUUUCAAACCCACGGUGAAGUGUUUUUUCUCGGGGCUCAUGUCCACAUACUUUUGGCCAUAACGUAUACGAUUCCCAGUGAUUAUAAAUUGUGAAGCAGAUCUUUCCAGAACAUUGUGCCUGUAGAUCGAAGACUUUGAAUAAAGAUGGACGACACGAAGGCUCCUGUCUCCAAAUAACUGAUUCAAACCGAACUGAUGAGACGCCUGAACAACCUGAAACAACAGAAACAUCUUUACAAACAUCUAGUAAACGUCUACUUUGAGUUUUAGUUUGUCCACGUCCCGUCUGCUCACAUGGAGUAGGUGUAUGUCCAGUACUGCAGCCAGCCACUAGGGGCUGAUCAGGAGGAUUUGGCUUCACUUUUAGGGAGCUGUCAUGUCGUCCAUCUUUAUUUAGUCUAUGCUGAAGAUGUUUGUAAACUGAAGGAUGUUUUUAUUUUUUAAUUUAUCGUUGAAGUCGUAGAAGUCACUUGGUUUACAUGUCCCUGUUCUGGAGCUUCAUCCUCAGCUUGGUUCGCUUCACCUUUUCUGUAAAUCAAAUAUAUGGAGGUUUUAUGUCUGGGUCAUGGUCCCUCAGUGUCCUGAACCCUCAGGGUCCUGGUCCCUCAGUGUCCUGAACCCUCAGGGUCCUGGUCCCUCAGGGUCCUGGUCCCUCAGUGUCCUGGUCCCUCAGUGUCCUGGUCCCUCAGUGUCCUGGUCCCUCAGUGUCCUGGUGCCUCAGGGUCCUGGUGCCUCAGGGUCCUGGUGCCUCAGGGUCCUGGUGCCUCAGGGUCCUGAACCCUCAGGGUUCCUGGUCCCUCAGUGUCCUGAACCCUCAGUGUCCUGAACCCUCAGUGUCCUGGUCCCUCAGUGUCCUGAACCCUCAGGGUCCUGGUCCCUCAGUGUCCUGGUCCCUCAGGGUCCUGGUCCCUCAGGGUCCUGGUCCCUCAGGGUCCUGGUCCGGCUGCUUAAGGUCUUUGUGUCUGCGUGUCUAAAACCUGAGAUCGAUGCUUGAUAAUGAUUUCGGAACCCGUGUUUGCUUCAGAUGCUGAUCCAGGAGCUGCUGUUGUUUCUGUGAAUGAGUCUCGGGACAUAAAGCAUGAGUUUCACUACCAACA